AUGGGAGUCAAGGGUUUGACGAAGCUGCUGGCGGACAACGCGCCCAAGUCGAUGAGGGAGCAGAAGUUCGAGAGCUACUUCGGCCGCCGCAUCGCCGUCGACGCCAGCAUGUGCAUCUACCAGUUCCUCAUUGUAGUUGGAAGGACAGGGAUGGAAACCCUUACAAACGAAGCCGGCGAUGUCACCAGUCAUUUGCAAGGCAUGUUCAGCCGGACAAUAAGGUUGCUCGAGGCAGGAAUUAAACCAGUAUAUGUUUUUGAUGGCAAGCCUCCUGAAAUGAAGAAGGACGAGCUUUUAAAAAGACACGCAAAGAGGAAUGAAGCAACAGAAGGGCUGACGAAGGCAGUAGAGGCAGGAGAUACGGAUGCAAUUGAAAAAUUCAGCAAGAGAACUGUAAAGGUCACGAAGCAGCACAAUGAUGAUUGUAAGCGUCUACUAAGACUGAUGGGUGUUCCUGUUGUGGAGGCUCCUUGUGAAGCAGAAUCACAAUGUGCUGCCCUUUGCAAGAAUGACAAGGUGUAUGCUGUUGCAUCCGAAGAUAUGGACUCACUUACUUUUGGAGCUACACGGUUUGUUCGUCAUUUGAUGGAUCCAAGUUCCAGGAAAAUACCUGUUAUGGAAUUUGAAGUUGCGAAAAUUCUUGAGGAGCUUGAAUUCACUAUGGACCAAUUCAUUGACUUGUGCAUCCUCUGUGGAUGUGACUACUGUGAUAGCAUUAAAGGCAUUGGUGGUCUUACAGCUCUGAAGCUCAUUCGUCAGCACGGGUCCAUUGAGGGCAUUCUGGAAAAUAUUAAUAAAGACAAAUAUCAAAUUCCUGAGGACUGGCCUUAUCAAGAAGCUCGGCGCAUGUUCAAGGAACCCGAUGUAACACUGGAUAUUCCCGAGCUCAAAUGGACUGCACCUGAUGAGGAGGGCCUCGUGAACUUUCUGGUGAAAGAAAAUGGUUUCAAUCAAGAUCGUGUGACAAAGGCCAUAGAGAAGAUUAAAUCGGCGAAGAAUAAAUCAUCCCAAGGAAGGCUCGAGUCAUUUUUCAAGCCAACUGUUAGCACAUCAGUGCCAUUGAAGCGGAAGGAAACUGCAGAGAAACCAGCCAGUGCAGCUGCUAGCAAGAAGACGAAGUCAACCCGCGGAAGGAAGAAAUAA